AUGCAUCGUUGUUGUCUGUUUGUGUGGCUUUCCACAGAACCGGUGGCCAGAAACCGAGGAUACGUCUACUGUCGUGACCUCAACACUUCAACCAAGCACAAUAUUCCCUUACCUGGAAAUGGUUGGAUAAUUUAUUGCGCUGCCUUGUUAUUUACCGGAUGGACAAAACACGUAUUGGUUAUCUUGUAUGGAUGCCACUAUAUCGAGGCCUGCACAACUGGGUUCAGCUCAAGCCUUAUUCACCUAAUUCUUACUCUGAGUUCACUUGCUGACAUUGAAUGUCAACUCGGACAUUUCGUCUGACCGGAGGGCAGGUUUUCCUGCCUGUGCUAUGCACCUAAGUUGGAAAUAUCCCGACACAAUGCUUUCACACACAAUACUUUCACUGUGGCAAGAACAAAUGGGUUCGACCCUAUGCACUAUUAACAUUCUUGUUAUUUACCACCUUAGGAGCAGC